AUGGCCAGGCAGCGCAAGGUCGUCACGCCCGCCGGCAACAUCAAGCUGCGGCAGCCCGACCGCAGCGCCCCCUCGGAGAAGACGCUGCUCGACUUUGCCGGCGAGCGCAACCUCUUUGAGCAGGCCGCGCGGCGCGAGAGGCAGCUGGCCCGGGAGAGGCGCCGCGCCGACGGCCAAGAUGGCGGCGAGGACACCAGCGGCGACGAUAGCGACGAGGACGAGGACGAGGGGGCUGCCACCAUCUCGCCCGGCGCCGAGCGCGUCCUCGAGUCCAUGCUCUGGACCGUCUCGCUCGCCAUGCUGCACUUUACCUUUGACGUUCUCGUCCAGCACCAGUACGGCACGACGAUCUCCUGGCACGACGUCUGCGUCCGCGGCGUGACAGCUUGGCUUGUCUUCCUUUUCCUCUUCUACUUCCUCCACCCGCACGCCUCGAACCCGGUCAUCGUCCCUGGCUUGCCGCUUAGCUACCAGCGCCCGCUCGGCCAGGCCAUCUUCUUCGCCAUGAGCGUCGUGUCUGGCUGCUACCUCAUCUACAUCACCAACACGUACGGCUACUUGGCCACCAUGAAGCAGGCGCCUCCGCUGGGCUGCCUCUGGCUGUGGGCCGUCAUGGAGCUCGACCUCGUCACCGCGGUGGCGAGCCUUGCCGUUGCCGGCGCCUUUCUCUGGCAAGGCGGAUACGACAUUAAAUGA